AUGGGUUGUCGGCUGCCAAAGUUGAAGAAAGCAGAGGAGAGAACCAGCCCGGGCAACAUCUACUCCACUCUGCGGCGCCCCCAGGUGGAGACCAAAGUGGGUGUGGCCUACACCUACCACUUCCUGGACUUCCUUUUGGGCAAAGAAGAGGUGCCAGUGUCCUCCGUGCUGUGCCUGUCCUCCGUGCGGGAAUUGCCGGUUCAGGUCCGGGAGCUGUACUCGGAGGGCUUCGUGCUGGUGGCGGUUCAUCCGUUCGUCCAUGCGUGUGGGCCAGAUCACGCACACAUCCAGAGACAGCUGCACCGCGCUGUGCUCAUCAGGGAGACGCAGAGUUGGGAGCGCAGGGAGCUGCGGUGGUGCCGGCACAGGCUUGAGACAGAUGUGUGUGUGGGGGGCAACCAGGCUGCAGACCCUGAGCUCAUCCAGAGCUACGUCAAGAAGAUCCAGGACGUGGCGGAGCAGGGCGUCAUGUUCGUGGGCUUCCUCCAGCAGCCUGGGCCUGGUCUGAGCUUCACGGGGCAGUGGGACACAGACGAACUGUCCUCACUGCAUUCCAGCCCCUCUCCCAUUCAUCGAGGCUUCAGCUGCGGGGCUAGUCCCAUAGAGGCACCAGGAGAGCCUCAGCCAGAGCACACCACCACCACUGAGGCAUCUGGAGUACCUCAAACCAGGGCUGAGGGCGUAGAAGCACAGCACUGUGAGCCUGGACCAACAGAGGAGGACCAGACACUAACCCCAGAAGAUAAACUAAAGAGACCUGGAUCAGACACAGGACAGUGGAGUACAGGAGCAGAGAGCGGUGUGAGCUCCGCAGAUGCACAGACGUAUAGAGGAGCACUGGAGGGGGCUCAGACAGAGGGCAGCCUGUGUGGAGGAGCUGUGAGAGCAGAGUCAGCCUCACAGCAGAACCGCUCCUCCCACAACAACAACCACAUCCACCUGAUGAGCCAAGACAGGGAGAGGAGCAGCUCCUCUCCACGCCCCAACAGGUCUCAGCUGUUUGCCCUGUACAACCACACAGAGGACCAGGACUCCUCUCUGCGCUUCUACUCACUCAGGGUGCCCCUCAGGGUGCACAAGGAGGCGGGGCUGGUCACCGAGGUCGACGCCCACUGGCUGGAUCACAUGACCCAGCACUUUAGCAGCGGCGCUCAGCUUGUCGACGGCUUCUUCCAUGUCACAGAGGAGAACGACAGUGGAGUGGCCCUGGUGGACAGCGUCUUCAUUUUCCAGAGCUCCACCCAGUCCGUGAACGCCUCGUAUGAUGCCAUUGUGGUGGAGCAGUGGACCGUGGUGGACGGUGUGAUGGUGAAGGCAGACUAUAUCCCCCUGCUCCAGUCCUUGGCUCCGUUUGGCUGGAGACUCAUGUGUGUCCUGCCUACGCCCAUCGUCAAGACCAACAGUGAUGGGAGCCUGUCCACCAAGCAGAUCCUGUUCCUGCAGAGGCCCGUGCUGCAGAGGAAGGGGAGAGACUUCAAGAUGAACCUCAGAAGCCGGAGCAAGCCCAAGAAGAGUAGCAGAGUCCUCCCCCCCUCCCUUCACCUGGAGAUGGACAGCCUAAGGAGGGGCACGCCGGGCCCAGAGGAAGCCCCCACCGUCCUGUACCUGCCCGGAAACGGAGCGCCGCCGGAGGGCAUGGAGGACGAGACAGAAGUGGACAGCAUCCACAAGAGCGUUAGGUGGACAGACGUGUGCCGCAAGGAGUCCCAGGGCCCGGUGGAGGAGCCCGUCAAGAUCCAACUCUUCUCCGGGGUCUGCUGA